CAUCGGUGGCGGUGGUGGUGGUGGUCGCGGGGCGCUCGCACGGUGUACAUCCGAAAUAACGGCCACGGCGGUGUCAUCGGCGGCGUCGCGGUGGUGAUCGGCAACGACACCGCGGCCGGGCCCACGUCACCGCUGCUGCAGACGGCCACGCCGCCGACGCCGCCGCUCCUCGUCAGCCAACCAAACGUCACCGGUGGCGUCGGCGGCGGUGGUGGUGUCGUGGUUGUCGGCGGCGGUGGCGAGGGCUCGUUCGACGGCGGCUACUGGUGGUGGGCCCUGCUGGCCGUGUUCCUGGUGCUGGCCACGGCCGCCGGAAACAUACUCGUGUGUCUGGCCAUCACGUGGGAGCGUCGGCUGCAGAACGUCACAAACUACUUCCUCAUGUCACUGGCCGUCACUGAUCUCAUGGUCGCCGUCCUUGUCAUGCCCGUGGGCAUACUCAUUCUCGUCAAAGGAGAGUUUCCGUUCGCCCCCGUGUACUGUCUGGCGUGGAUAUGUCUGGACGUAUUGUUCUGCACCGCAAGUAUAAUGCACUUGUGCACGAUCAGCGUGGACCGGUACUUGAGCCUGAGGUAUCCGAUGAAAUUUGGCCGGAACAAGACGCGGCGAAGGGUGAUAUUGAAGAUCGUGUUCGUGUGGUUGCUGUCGAUUGCUAUGAGUUUGCCGCUGAGCCUCAUGUACUCAAAAGACUUCAACUCGGUGCUAGUAAAUGGUUCUUGUCAGAUACCCGAUCCAUUGUACAAACUGAUUGGAUCGAUUGUGAGUUUUUACAUUCCACUAGGCGUCAUGAUACUCACGUACACCCUGACCGUCCGACACUUGGCUGCGAAGAGGCAAAAUCUGCAGACGGGCUUCACGCACAAUUCGAAUCAAAACAAUACGAGGAGAAGCUGGCGGCGUAUGUUGCGCCGAAACUACCGGAGGACCCGGUCAGACGAGACGGACAUCCGGUCGGCCACCGGUGACGAGUUGACCGGCGUGAUGGCGUCGUCGGUGAGCGGUGGUGGCGGUCGGAAGCAAAAGGGUCACGGCGAUUCGGCGGUCGGCGCGGGCACAACGAGACCCGGCGGCAGCAACGGUGCGCUGGCGUCGGGUUCGCGGUGCACGGCCACGGCAGAAGACGAUAGCAGGGCCGCCGACAGCGUGGACGACAGCCCGCGGUCCGGUCACCACCACCGUCACAACAACCGCGAUCACCACCACCGGCCGACGACGCCAGGCGCCAGUUGUCGGGGCACUCCGCGGCCAUUCCGGCACAACCCGUCGGUCGGGUCCACCGACACGGAAAUGACGUCACUGGACGCCCGCGAGCUGUGGCUACCCGACACCGAGCCCACGCCGUCCACCAUGUCUGCACUGCACCAGUUCGGUGCCGAAAUGCUGCGGCUGUCCCGGGGCCUGGAGAAGGUGGCCUCGCCUGAGUCCAAGCCGGCAUCCCCCGACAUGUCCAGAUUGUCGGACAACGGAGGUGUCCUGGACGACGACGACUAUGGUUUAUGUAACGUUGACGACAUGGACGACGAAGAAGACGAUUAUGAAGAAGAAGAAGAAGAAGAAGAAGUAGAAGAAGUAGAAGUAGAAAGAGGAGGUGCUUGCGAUUCAAUGUGCUCAGAAGACGCAUCCACUUGCACCGGGACGCCACGGUGUAGGCGGGCCAAGCGGCAGCGACGACGACGGCGGCGACGGUCGGGCACGUUGCACGAGUCGAUGCGCCGGCGCUUCGACGGUCCCAAUCGCCAUCGCCAUCUGCACCAUCACCACCACACACACCCAUACCACCACCAUUCGCACCAUGAACAGCAGCACCACCACCACCACCACCAGGGCCGACCCGCUCGAGUCCGGAGCUUUCACGAGGACGAACUGACCAGGAACCGCACCGGGCCCACCUCAUCAGACGUCACUGGGACGACAGCUGUGGACAGUGGGCCAAAAAUCGUAGGGACGCUGCUCAAACAGGAAUACCAACGAAAACCAGGUCUAGACGAAGAGAUCUGUCUGCUGCCACCGCCGCCUCGUCGACGGCAGCGGCGUGGACGUUCUGCGUCCGCGAACGGUGGUGGUUCUGGCACCCAAAAUGUGACAGCGGCAUCAGUGACGUCACCGUCCUCGUCGCCGGUCUUGGCGGCACAACCAGCACAGACGACGCCGCUACCUCAAAGACAUCCACAGCAGCAGCAGCAGCAACAACAGAAGACGGCCACGCGUGUCGACACACUGACCGUGUGGUCGGCUGCGUCUAACGCGUCCAAGACGACGACGUUAGCGGUGGCCGCGGGAGUCGGCCAACCGUUGCGCCGGGCCAUGACGCAAAAGCCGAUACGCAAGCAGACGCCGACCGCGAACACGACAUCAGCCACUGGAAAACGUCACUCGCCACUGGUCCGGUAUGGGUCCACGCUGGGCCUGCCGUCGCGACAGCAGCAGCAAACGUCGCCACAGCGGUCGAACAACGCGAGCCGGUCAAGCGUCAUGAUCCGCAACUCGUACCGUCACGGCCGCAUCAUUCGGCUAGAGCAGAAGGCCACCAAGGUUUUGGGCGUCGUGUUCUUCACGUUCGUGUUCCUCUGGACACCGUUCUUCGCGCUCAACCUGCUGCCGUCCGUGUGCCCGAACUGCGAGGCCGACAUCAGCAAGGGCCUCAUCGACCUGGUCACGUGGCUGGGCUACGCCAGUUCCAUGGUCAACCCGGUGUUCUACACCAUAUUCAACAAGGUGUUCCGGCAGGCGUUCAAGCGGGUGCUUAUGUGCAAGUACCGCAGCCGCAGCAAGCGGCAUUCGUGGCCACCUCCACCACCCGCCAGGAAGGUCUGAACUUAGGUCCUGAAUUCCCACCAUGCACACACACACACAUCUCACUACCUGCCUUGUUCCCAGUUACCGGCGGUCACCACAGUCAUGGUAUCCCGCGGUACCAUCAAAAUCUCUCAAGCCAAGAUCACAGCUGGCUCAUCUGCCGUGUCGUGUGCCUUAUAUUGUAUUUUAAUCGGCCGUUGUAAUCAUGAUAAUAUUGUCAUAUCGGUAUCAUUAAUCUACCAUGAUAAACCAGCAUAUUUCAAUAGUUGAGCCGACCUCAACUUUGGACCUGACACGACAGUUUACAUGCUGUGAACAAUUCAUUCGUGAAUACAAGCAUAGACUAUAGAGUAUAGAGACACACUGUUAAAUAUAUUUAAACUGUUGAAUAUUAUGACUUCAACUGGAAGGUUUUAAAAAUAAAUAAACAUUCAAGAAUUGCGAAGGGCGGAGAUUCACAGCUAUCAACAAUAUACUCUGUUCAGAAUGAGAUCAUACCUCGGCAGCGACAAAUGUUCGUUCCACGACGGUCAGACGCCGUCCCCGCACUAUGGCAGCGCGUAGAGUUAUGUCGUUUAACCAAGGGUCAUGUCCAUGCCCAUGGGCACAAGUAUGCCGCCGAGAUAAGAUUCUGAACAGAGUAUAUUUUUCCAAAAAAUGUUAAGACAAGUUAAGUAGUGCAAAAAAAAUCAGAAUUGCUCUUCAAUCACCAUGGGCAUCUCAUUGACUUAUUGGAUAUUACUAUAAUAUUUAAAUAUGGAUUAUUCAAUUAAUGUUUGUUUCGAACUAUAUCUAAUCUAAAAACUAUCUCAAAUAAAUUGAAUUAAAAACAUUUUUCGAAAAAACAGCAAGUACGAAUAUUUCAAACCAUACAUUGAAAAUAGUCAAUCAUUUUUAUUUCAUAAUAAAUCGAGUGUUUUAAAAAUCACUUUGCAAUAACACGUCUAGGUACUCGCGUAAAGAAACGUCCAAAAAAACCAUAUUCGUAAUAUAUUACUUCAUUCUUCUAUACAAUACGCGGUCGAAUUUCUCGUAAAAUGUCAUAAUGACAUAUUAAUAGGUAUAAUCGACAAAUUUAACUUCCCUCUAGCAAAUAAAUACGCAAAACUACUAAACAAUUUAGUGAAAUCCGUGUUUUUUGUAUCUAUUAUUAUUAUAAUAGACGUCGUACCUUAAUUAUUAAAAUGUGAGAAUGUAUAAAUUUAAUAUAUUUUUCACUAUUCGUGACGUGUCAAAAACCGUUGCACAGUAUUUCAAUCGAGUUUACCUUUUAAGGCGAUUUAAGGUCACCGAAUUUAUUUACAUGUUAAUAAAAUGAACACAAUUUCUAUGCACCUAAUAUCCAAAAGUAAGCUAGUUUAAUUAUUUAAACAGUUAAUUUCAUUUUAACUUACCUAAUUAGUUGCAACUUAGGAACUUAACUAGAUUAACAGACUAUUGAAAUAACUUAGCUUUUUCAGUUGAUUUGAAAAUAAUCCAUCAAAUCAAUAUUUAAUUUAAACAAAAUUUGAAAUGUAAGGUUUUGUACAUUAAUUAGAAAAUAGUGUUUGUCUGUAUACACGGUUUAAAAUAAAAUAAUCUAAUACUAUAAUAGUUAUGGUUAGUAAUAAUUAUAAAUCUUUCUGUUAUGUUUCUUGAUAAAAUAACAUUAGGUAUAUAAUAUAUAGAUAGGGACAAAGUAAGUACUAUUUUUGUGAUCAGUGCACUAAAUAAAAAGUAGAUUUAUUUUUUUAUUUUUUUCCUUAUUAAGUUUGAACUCAGCAAGUUAAUUUUAUUAUUUGUCAAUCAUUAACUUCUAACUAUCUCGUUGUCACUGAUGUUAACUUAACUCAGGUUAAUUAUUUUAACUAACUCUCCUACCUAUGGCUAUAUUAAACUCGUUGAUACAAGUGGUUGUCUAUAGUUUAAUGAAUUUUCACACCAUCUGUCGCUUCGAUCGUAUCCUACUCCUGCCUUCAAUAUAAUAUUAAAUAUUAUUAUUGAUUGCUGUACGAGCAAAAAAUAUGUUCGAUGUCCCUUUCAAACAGAUCAGUUUUUUAAAUAUACAAACGAUUUUCAUUUUUAAUUCUUAUUUAUUGCUGCAGCGACCGUUAUCGCUUUAGAGUACAGUGUUGUUGUUGUUGUUUUCGUUGUUGUUCGUUUUGAAAUACGGACCGGCUUUGCGGCGGUUCAUGGGCGGGCGUGACGAGGGUACUCGAGACAAACGAUAAAACAUAUCAAUCUCUUUUCCACAAUACAGCAGGCCGAUGUUUGUUUGCAGCGAAUAAACCGUUUUAGAAUAUUCGAGUAUUCUUUUGGUGGGGUAAUAAUAAUGUAGUCUGUGUAAAAAAAAACACAAAAAAAUCAUUCCGUUCCGUAAUAUAUUGCAGUCCUCGCGCGUGUACAGUAAUUAAUCGCGUUUGAAAUGAUUUAUUGCCGAGAAAAUGUUUAUCCGACACUUGCGAGAGAGUGGAUUUAAAAAGAAAAUUAAUUCGAGACUAGAGCGCAGACAUAUAAUAAUGUUAUUAUGACGGGCGCUGCAGUAUCCUGCAGACACCGCGAUGCAAUAACGCGGUGAUCGUUCGGUACGGUUUUUAAUAAUAAUAUUACUGUCGUAUUACCUGUGGAUUUUUAUUAUUUCCUCUCACCCCUCAUCACUACCAUUUCCACGACAGCACUGUAAUUUCACCAUGACCGUUUUCACACCAGCUGUCUGUUUUUCUCGACUCUUUACGUCAUGCAUGAUGCAUACUAAUGCACUUUUCGAUGACGCCGCGCCGGUGUUAUUAGUCCAAUCGUGUGGACCAUGUACGGUUUUAUGCACUGUUAGGUCCUAUCAUUAUUAUAAUAUAUUAUUUAAUAAAAUAUUCCAUAUAGCACAGUGCUUAACAAUUGAAAUAGAAAAUAUUGAACAUCUAAAAUUCUUAACUAGGUACUAUGACUGGGUUAUUAUAGUUAUUAGUCAUGAAUGGAAUAUCAGUAUUUUUCAAACAGGAUUUUCGUGUGAUCUGAUCGCAGAUUGAACUAUACGUUUAUACGUAUUUGACCCUCAUGUUUGUUAAACAAAGGUUGUUGUAUAAAUACAACAAUGUAUUUAUUUUACCAUAAUACUCAUACUUUUCGAAUUGAUAUAAUAACCAAGUUUGACUCGGGGUUAUAUGCCAAAAAAUUUGAAUGUUUACCAGUACAAUCAUCCCCUUAUACCACAAUUCUAAUACACCGUUAAGUUGUAUACUCAUUCUUAAUAUUCAGUCAUAAUAAGAACUUAUAAAUUUCCUAUCCAAGAACAGUUUUCAAUGUAAAUUUGGUACAUAUCGUACAUAAUAAAAAAAAAACCAUACGAUUUGACAAUUCAUUAGGUACCUAGUGGCUAGUUCCGUUAUCUGUGCGAUGAGUAUAAACAUCACAAAAACUAAAAUAGUAAUAAAUGUGUAAACGAAAUCUAUUGCUCGGAAAAUAUUAAAUUAAACAAGGACUUUUAUGGAAACUAUUGAACAAUAUGCAGUUACAUACACAAGAAUUUUCAAAUAAGAUUAUAAGAAAAGGGCACAGACAAAACAAUUGUUACCUAACUAAUUAUCAUUAUAAAUGAUACGUUUGGAACGUAAUUAAAUGUCACUAUAAUUAUUUUAACUAUACCUAUAAUUUCGUUCAUGCCGUCCCUUUGUUUCUAACUUCUCAGUUUCUUCAGAAUCGUAAAAUUAUAACAUACCUAUAAUAUUAUACGGCUAGCCUGUGUUUGUGUGUGUGUGUGUGUGUGUGUGUGUGUGUGUGUGUGUGUGUGUGUGUGUGUGUGUGUGUGUGUGUGUGUGUGUGUGUGUGUGUGUUUUACGUUUACAAGUUUGCACAACCCUGAUUUAAAAACCAUUACCUUUCAAAUCAACGGUAUUACACGAAUAUUAUUUUGUAAAAAUAUGGACGACUUUUCGACCGAUUAAGUAAACCGGUAUAUUAACCAAAAUCGUACGAAAACGCGACAGCAUAAAAAUGUCCACGUCAUUAUAAUAAUACAAUUUAUUAAUAUGAUCUCUUCCAUGUAAAAUCUCAUUGAGACUAGUGACGAUAGCGUUACGUUGUCGACAUACGUACCUAUAUAUGAUAUCGGUAAGUAGGCAGGUGGGGUAGAUGCACACACGAAGCGAUGGGAAUAUGUAGGUAUAAAUAUAAUAUGAUAUAAUAUAAUAUAUAUGUAUAUUAAAAGUACGCCCAUAAGAUAAAUAACCCGAAGAAGGCGGAACUUCCGUGCCGCCGUCCGGAAAACCUAACCUUUAACUACAGAAGCGGUCUGCCGACGACAGACCCUUAUUGUGAUUUUUUUCCUUCCGGGACAACAUUGAGUCUUAUCGUCCGUACGAGUAAAAUGCGGUCCUGUCCCGUGUGGGUUGCAGCGUGUAACUUCCGCGUGAAAAUGACAAUAAUAUUUUCCAUUUCCGGUCCGUCAUCGUCGUCAGAUAGUCGCAAUAUUGUCGAAAAGUCGUACUCAUACAAUAUAUUCAUACGUGUAUAAUGGAGCAAGAUGAUAAAUAUCCAUAAACAAUUUACAAAACAAAUAUAUAAAAUCACAAAUUGUUUUUUAUUAUUGUUGUUAUAUAUUAUAUAUUGCUAUU